UCAUACUUUUUGUUGAGAGGAAGACCUUGGGGUCCUCGGAGGACACAAACUAGCACAAUCUGCUAGUUAUUAUUACCUAAUUAGGUAAUUACUCUAUUCGAGAAUCUCGUUGCAGUCUCUUGCCAGCUUAGGCGCUCACUCCUCCUCCACAACGAUAAUAUCUUGUUACCAGCUGUCUGAUCCAACCAUCAUGUCUUCCUCCGUGGAUCCGUCGCGGCGAGCCGCCCGCCUCCACCACUUGUUCCGCGACACGAUCGCGGGCAAGCGUCCUGUGCGGACCCGACAGGAAGCGCAGUUGUUUCUCGAAGCGGUCCGCAGCCAGAAGUCGCCCAGCCAAUGCGUGGAGCAUCUCGUCCCCGCCAAGUCCGGCCUCGUUGCCGUCAGAGAGGCGGUCCGCUCCGACGUCUCCGCGCAGUUCGUCCUGGACCACACCCUGCCUUUCCUCCGAUACCUCUCGGAUCCCAGCGUCAAGGCCCUCGCGAACGGACAGCUUCUCGAACAGGUCCUCUUGGCCGUCGUCAGCCCCCCGACGUUUCUAAACGCGCUGGUCGCCUUGUACGAAGCACGCGGGAUUCCCGAUGGCAGCCUGUACCCGUUUGCUUGGCUCGCCCUCGAGGUCCUAUCACUCCGCCCCGAAACGCAGGUCGACGCCGGCGGUCUCGUCAAGUCCAUAUCAGACGGCCAGCACCUCGUCGGAUCCCAGGAUCACGCCACCCGCGAGCUCGGCUACCGCAUACAAAAGGUCGUCCAGCUCCGGGCCUCUCCGGUGGCCGGGGGCGACCAACAUGUUGGCGGGCCGGGGGGGCGGCACGAUAACGACUUUGCCGAUUUUCGCCGUAUCCGCAUCUAUCCCACGCCGGACGAAUUUUUAUCGACCCAGCUGCCGUAUUACCAGACUGCCCGAGAGGUCGAGGAAACCGAAGCCGCGAGCCGCCCACGGGCUCAUCUCGACAAUCAGUUCCGUCUCUUGAGGGAAGAUAUGCUGGCCGAGUUACGAGAAGAUAUCCAGAUCGCCAUCGGAAAGAAGAAGGGCAAACGAAGCGCUCCGGUUCUGAGAAAACUCCAUCCGGUGGGCAUCGACACUGCCGACGGUAAGGGAAAAUAUAAGCGGAGCGCCCUGCUUGUCGAAUGCGGUUCCGGGCUCGAGAUUCUCCAGAGCCUGAAGGAUGCCGCGUCCCGGAGGAAGUACUUGCAGGAUCAGGCCAACCUACUCCGGCACCAAGCAUUUGGCGUCGUUUGCCGCGGACAGGACAUUCUGGGGUUCGCCUUUGUCGACCGGGACGUCGACAAGCUGAGCCAGGAGGUUCCCGUCGUGAGCCUGCAGUUUACCGACGACGACGGCCUCGGGCGCGCGCUCCUCGCCUUUUCCCUCCCCGACCCGGACCUGGUCUCGUUCGUCCUGGUAGACACGCCCGUGUUUGCGUACGAACCAGUCCUCCUCGGGCUGCAACACAUGACGGACGCCCCCCUGCUAGACCUCGUCAUCAAUCCGGCCAAGAUCGCCGAGUCUGGAUUCAAGGUGCCUGACAAGCUACGACCCCUAGCUUCCAAGCUUGAAACCAUAGUGAAAAAAGGCCAGGAAGGUGGGGGACUGGGAUCCCCAGAUGUUGUUGAUUAUAUAAUAACGGACAGGGGAACUCAAAAGGUGCAGUUUGACACCUCUCAGCUAGCUGCCCUGUCCCUUGCCCUGAACAGUCCCGUGAGCCUCAUCUUGGGGCCUCCAGGAACCGGUAAAUCCUUCAUCGGCGCUCAAAUUGUUCGCUGCAUGUACGAGGCCGGCCUCCGAAUCCUGGUCCUGAGCUACACAAACCAUGCUACCGACCAGUUCGCCGAGGAUUGUCUGGACGCCGGGAUUCCCGAGUCGUCCAUGGUCCGCAUCGGGUCCAAGACCAGAUGCAGCCCGCGGACCGCCCCCCUGGUCCUCUCGCCACAGCAGAGCCACUACCGCCGUCGGAAUCUGGCGCCGAACGUCAUCAACGCCCUGAGACGGGAGGCAGACCUGCUCAGCUCCCAGCUCCAGGACGCGUUCGGAGCGUUUAUCGGCUUCGAGCCCAAGUGGGACGACAUCGAGGAGUACCUAGAGUUUGCCGAGGGGGGCUUCCGCUUUCUCGACGCCUUGAGGGUACCGACCGACGGAGACGACGAGGGCUGGACCCGGACGGGCAAAGGAGGGAGGACGAUCGGGCCGGAUUACCUGUAUCACCAGUGGAUCAAGGGCCGCGGUCCCGGCCAUCUUGAGAACCGGAUCCCGGCGGGAGACGCGAGAACGGUAUGGGAAAUGGGCCGCGCUGUCCGGGAGGAACACCACGCCAGGUGGCUGCGGGCCCUGACCGAAGAGCGGCUCGAGGCGGUCAAGGGGCUCGGCCGGCUGUACGAGGAGGUGCGGAGGAAGAUGGAACUCUACCGGGGCGAAGCCGACGCCCAGGUGGUCCGGCAGAAGAAGGUGGUCUGCUGCACCACGACCGGGGCGGCCAAGCACGACCGGUUGAUCCGGGCGGCCAGCCCGGACGUGAUCCUGGUGGAGGAGGCGGGCGAGAUCCUCGAGAGCCACGUGCUGACGGCGCUGGCGAGCAGCCCGACGGUCAAGCAGCUCGUCCUCAUCGGCGACCACAAGCAGCUGAGGCCCAAGAUCAACAGCUACGGCCUCUCGGUCGAGAAAGGCGACGGCUUCGACCUGAACCGCUCCCUCUUCGAGCGUCUGAUCCGGCAGGGGGCGGCGCACGCGACCCUGCGCAAGCAGCACCGGAUGGCGCCCGAGAUCUCCGUCUUCGCGCGCGAGCUCACGUAUCCGGAGCUGCUCGACGGGCCCGGGACGGCCGGCCGACCGGGCAUCCUCGGCCUGCGGGACCGGGUCGCGUUUGUGAACCACGACAGGUCGGAGGAGGCGGACGACGCGCAGCUGCGGGACCGUUGGGACCCGAGCGGGACGGCGAGCAAGAGGAACCGGUUCGAGGCCGACAUGGUCGUGCGCUGCGUCAGGUACCUCGGCCAGCAGGGGUACGGCCCGGACCGCAUCGUCGUCCUCACCCCUUACAUAGGCCAGGUACGGCUCCUGAGGGAGCACCUGGCCAGGAACAAGCACGAUCCCGCCCUGAGCGAGUUCGACAAGGCCGAGCUGAUCCGCGCCGGUCUCCUGAGCGAGGCCGCGGCCAAGCUCGACAGGAAGCCUCUCCGUGUCUCUACCAUAGGUCUGUCCUAUUAUUUCUCUUGUCUUUUAUUACCUACCUACCUACCUACCUACUUACCUACCUACCUACUUACCUACCUACCUACCUGCUUACCUACCUACCUACCUACUUACCUACCUACCUACCUACUUACCUACCUACCUACCUAUACAGACAACUUCCAGGGCGAGGAGGGCGACAUCGUCAUCGCCUCGCUCACGCGGAGCAACAGCAAGGGCGACAUCGGCUUCAUGGCGGCCCCGGAGCGGCUCAACGUGCUCAUGACGCGCGCCCGCGUCGGCGUCAUCCUGAUCGGCAACAUGGACACCUUCAUGCGGAACAGGAGAGGAGGCUGGGCCACCUGGCACCGCUUCUUCGACCUGCUCAAGGCCCGCGGUCACCUGUACGACGGCCUGCCCGUCCGGUGCGAGAGGCAUCCCGACCGGACCGCCCUGCUCAGGGAGCCCCUCGACUUUGACAAGUCGGCCCCCGACGGCGGCUGCACCGAGCCAUGCAACGCCCUCCUCAAGUGCGGCGCCCACAAGUGCCGGUCACGGUGCCACCGCGUGACCGACCACAGCCGGGCCGAGUGCAACCAGGUGGUGACCAAGGUGUGCGAGAGGCAGCACAAGACCAAUGUCCGGUGCGGCAAGCGGCACGAGACGUGUGGCAGAUGCGUCGAGGAGGACAAGGAGAUGGAGCGCCGGGCCAGGCAGGACCUCAAGCUCGAGAAGGAGCGGGCCAGGCGCGAGGCCGAGUACACGCGCCAGCUGCGCGAGAUCCGCGACGAGGUCGAGCACCAGCGCCGCAUCAACAAGUAUCACGCCGAGGAGGAACGGCGCCGGGAGACGCUGGAGCAGCACCGGUCCGAGCUUCGGGCGCUCAAGGACGCCGAGCAGAGGCUCCGUCACCAGAACAAGCUCAAGGCCGAGGCCGAGGCGGCCGCCGCCGCUGCUCGGGCACGGAAUAAGGCGUCGUCGUCAUCGUCAUCGUCGUCCAAGCAGACAGACGGGCAGGUCGAUGGUUCCUCUCCUCCUCCAGAACCCGACUGGUCGAGCGGCCCCGAGGCGGAGUGGAAGUUGAUGAAACAGUCCGAGGGGGCGCAGAGCAAGCCGCUGGACGAGCUGAUGGAGAUGAUCGGGCUCGAGGACGUCAAGCACGAGUUCCUCAACCUCAAGUCCAAGGUCGACACGGCCCUGCGACAGGGCAUCUCCUUGGCCUCCGAGAGGUUCAGCUGCUCCAUGCUGGGCAACCCCGGGACGGGAAAAACAACCGUGGCCCGCCUGUACGCCCAAUUCCUCACCGAGCUGUGCGUCAUCCCGGGCUCCUGCUUCAGAGAGAAGACGGGCGCCGGCCUGGCGAACCUCGGCGUCUCGGGUUGCAAGGGCCUGAUCGACGAGAUGCUCGACGAGGGCGGCGGGGUGCUCUUCAUCGACGAGGCCUACCAGCUCACCUCGGGCAGCAGCAGCUACGGCGGCGGGGCCGUGCUCGACUACCUGCUCGCCGAGGUGGAGAACCUCAGGGGCAAGAUUGUGUUCGUGCUCGCCGGCUACAGGAAGCAGAUGGAGGGCUUCUUUGCCCACAACCCGGGGCUGCCCAGCCGGUUCCCCAUCGAGAUGAGCUUUGCCGACUACUCGGACGAGGAGCUCCUCAAGAUCCUGGUGCUCAGGAUCAACAAGAAGUACAACGGCUCCAUGACGUGCGAGGACGGGCCGGCCGGCCUCUACUGCCGCAUCGUCGCGAGGCGGGUCGGCCGCGGGCGCGGAAAGGAGGGCUUCGGCAACGCGCGGGCGAUCGAGAACGUGCUCGACAGGAUCUCGCGCCGGCAGGCGGACCGGCUGCGGAGGGAGCGGAGGGAGGGCGUCGAGCCGAGCGACUUUGUCUUCACCAAGGAGGACCUCAUCGGCCCGGAGCCGGGCGAGGCGCUCGCCAAGUGCGAGGCCUGGAAGAAGCUCCAGGGCCUGGUCGGGCUGGCGGCCGUCAAGCAGGCGGUCAAGUCCCUCGUCGACAGCAUCCGGCAGAACUACCUCCGCGAGCUUGCAGAGCAGCCGCCCAUCCAGUACUCGCUCAACAAGGUCUUCCUCGGCAAUCCCGGCACCGGCAAGACGACGGUUGCCAAGCUGUACGGCGAGAUCUUGGUCGCUCUCGGACUGCUCUCCAAGGGCGAGGUCGUCGUCAAGAACCCGUCCGACUUUGUCGGGGCCCAUCUGGGGCAGUCGGAACAGCAGACCAAAGGCAUCCUGGCGGCAUCGCUCGGCAAGGUGCUCGUCAUCGACGAGGCCUACGGCCUCUACGGCGGCGGCGGGGGAGCACAAGGCGGCGGGGGGACGGCUCCGGACCCGUACAAGACGGCCGUCAUCGACACCAUCGUGGCCGAGGUCCAGAGCGUGCCCGGAGACGACCGCUGCGUCCUGCUGCUGGGGUACAAGAGCCAGAUGGAGGAGAUGUUCCACAACGUCAACCCGGGCCUGAGCCGGCGGUUCCCUAUCGCGUCGGCCUUCUACUUUGACGACUUCACCGACGAGGAGCUACGCACCAUCCUCGACAGCAAGAUCAAGCAGCAGGGGUACGAGGUCGGCAGCCGGGCCGCCGGCGUCGCCAUGGAGAUGCUGAAGCGGGCGCGGAACCGGCCCAACUUUGGCAACGCGGGCGAGAUCGACAUCCUGCUCGACGCCGCAAAGGCCCGCCACCAGGCGCGCUUCUCCCGGGGGCGGGCCGAGUUGGCGAACCUCCUGGAGGCGCGCGAUUUCGACGAGGAUUUCGACCGGGCCGAGAGGGCCGAGACGGACGUGCGCAAGCUGUUCGAGGGCUCGCUCGGCUCCGACCAGGUCGUCUCGCUGCUGGAGGGAUACCAGGAGACGGUCCGGACGAUGCGGGCGCUAGAGCUGGACCCGAGGGAGAACAUACCGUUCAACUUCCUCUUCCGCGGCCCGCCGGGGACGGGCAAGACGACGACGGCCAGGAAGAUGGGCAAGGUCUUCUACGACAUGGGGUUCCUGGCCACGGCCGAGGUGGUCGAGUGCUCGGCCUCCGAACUGAUCGGCCAGUACGUCGGGCAGACGGGGCCCAAGGUGCGGCAGCUGCUGGACAGGGCGCUCGGCAAGGUCCUCUUCGUGGACGAGGCCUACCGCCUGGCCGAGGGCCACUUUGCCAAGGAGGCCACGGACGAGCUGGUCGACUUGAUCACCAAGGAGCGCUACUCCAAGAAGCUCGUCAUCAUCCUGGCCGGUUACGAGGCCGACAUCAACCGCCUCAUGUCCGUCAACACGGGCCUGAGCUCGCGCUUCCCCGACGUGGUCGACUUCCGGCCCCUGACCGCCGACGAGUGCGUGGACCUGCUGCUGCGGCUGCUGCGCAAGAAGCGCGACCUCGUCCGGUCCAAGAGCGGCAAGGACCUCCUCGACCUCUCCUGCUUGGAAGCGCCCGCCGCCGGGUUCAGGCAGCGCCUGGUCCAGACCUUCACGGGCCUCGCCGCGCAGGACAACUGGGCGAGCGCGCGAGACGUCCAGGCCGUGGCCACGGCGGUGUUCAACAAGGCCCUCCGCAACAAGGACGCCCUCGCCGCCGGCCGCCUCGCGCUCGCCGAGGGGACCGUCACCGAGGUGCUGGACCGCAUGCUCCAGGAGCGUGCCGCGCGCGCCGACUCCGCGAGGCCGAUCCCGACUACUCCUUCUCUCGACAAGCUGCGAGGCCUCCUCAAGCACCAGCAGCAGCAGCAGCAGCAAGCCAGCCCUCCGCAGCAAAACGCCGCCCCCCCUCCUCGGCCUCGGUUCUCAACGGCAACAACAACAUCAACAUUAACAACAUCAACAACAACGGCCGCAGCGACUUCUCCGAGCAAAGGGCACCCCACCGCACCAACCGAGACGGUGAUGAUCCGCAGCACCAAGCAGCCGGCUCCGACGACCGCCUCCGACGCGCGGCAGCAGCGCGACGCGGGCGUGAGCGACGAGGUGUGGGAGCAGCUGCAGCGGGACCGGCGGGCGCAGGAGGAGCGGGAGGCGGAGUACCGACGGCUGAAGCGGGACGCGGCGGCGGCGGCGGCGAAGGCGGAGGCGGCGACGGAGGCGGCGCGGGCGCGGAUCGUGGCCCGGCUGCUGGAGGAGGAGGCGCGGCGGCGGGAGGAGGCCAGGACGAGGGAGCGGCUGCGCCGGAUGGGCCGGUGCCCGGUCGGGUACGACUGGAUCAGGCAGGAGGGCGGGUGGAGGUGCGCGGGGGGGUCGCACUGGAUGAGCGACGGGGAUCUGGGGAUGGAAGACGGGUAAGAAUAUCUCUCUCGUCAUGUAUGUAUAUAUAUACGUGUAGCAGACACAGCGAGCCUGGUCGUGUGUCUCUAAAGUUUACUCGUUAGGUAAAUAUCUAUUAUAAAUGGGUGCGGCAAGUGAGAAUGAUUCGAAC